AUGUGCUACACGGUUUUAAACGGCGGUUUGAAACAGAAAAAACAGAUUUGCGCUGUACCAGCUACACGGUUUAAAACAUGUUUUAAACAUCAGUGUUUAAUAGAACGUUGGGUGAAUAAGACGUCUACGCUCGCACCGUAUAUUCACUACAACGACGUCAUGGCGCCUUACCUAUCUAAAGAACAAAGAGUUGGGGUGUGUCUUGCUCUUUUGUAUGCAAUUGAAGAAAAAAAAAGAAAGAAAAAAAAGAAUAUGGAUGAAGCGAUGGUUAAAGGAGAGAUUAACCCU